GGGAGCUGCUGUUCGUCCCUGGGAUCGCCAGGCAGGCAGCAGCUGCUGCUCCUCACAGCCUGGCCGAGUUCAUCAAAAAUGGCACAAAACGUGUGGAUAUUGUGCUGGGAAGGCCUGCCCUGAGAGGUUGCUGUGAAUAAGGCCCUCUCAGUGUGUGUGUGCGCGGCAGCGAAUUGCAUACAGUGGCCUCUUGUUAUUCUGUCGGCCUGAUUGUGCUGAUGGGAAGGAACAUAAUGGGUUGUUAUUUAUCUUUUUCUUAAGGCCUCAGCUGUUCUCAAAGCAACGUCUUCAGUAGUGCCUCGUGUCCCAGCUGAGGGUGCAGAUUGCUGUUGGAUUUGCCAAGGAGUUAUGCGGGGUUUUUCACUGCCUGUAACUCGCAGGGGUUGUCUUCAAAUGUGCUUGCUCAGAGCUGAAUACAAAGGUCAGGGUGGAGAGAACUAAGAUCACAGAACGGCCUGGGUUGAAAAGGACCACAAUGAUCAUCAGUUCCAACCCCCUGCUAUGUGCAGGGGUGUCAACCAGCAGCCCAGGCUGCCCAGAGCCACAUUCAGCCUGGCCUUGAAUGCCUGCAGGGAUGGGGCAUCCACAGCCUCCUUGGGCAGCCUGUUCCAGUGCAUCAAGAUGUGUCUCAGCAGUUUACUAGAGCAGGAUGCUUCUGCUGUUUGGGAAGGAGGAUGCUGUUUGACGGUGUUUCUGUACGGAUAACUGUGUGAAGCAGAUCCAGCAAGUUGAGGAAUUCAGCAUGGGAGAGCUUUGCAGGCAAAAGCGUUGGCACGUAGGAGCAAGAGGAAGCUAGAUAACCUUUCACACACCGCUUGCAUUGUGGAGGCAACAUAAAAGCUGUGGAAAAAAAAAAGGCGUUUAACAUCAUGCAGAUGUGCUGGCUCUUUAUUACAUAAAUGAAAGAGUAAAGCAGUGCACUGUUUUUUAUAGAGCUGAGCACAUGCCAUGUGCUCUGCUGACCAGAGGAAAAGGUCCCUGCCUUGGGGAGGUUACAGUCCAUAACGAUGUAUUGACUAAACCUGCUUUUGGGCAGCUUUGCCAGCCCAUGAGGCUGCUCAGGUAGUGAGAUCUGGGACAAAUGUUUGCACGAAAUGGAAGGAAUGGUGGCAGAACAGGGCCGGGAGCUAAUUAACCCAGCAAUGCAGUGCAGUAUGUCCUCCUUGUGUGCUUUGAGUUCAGAUUUCUUUUAUUCUUUUAGUGUUUCUAAAGCUGUAGUUAGAUAUUUGACACUGAUGUUACUAUGACAUCUGAUGUGAAGUGCCUGAGUUGGCUGUAUAGGUGGCUGCUGACUAAACAAGGUGGGACUGUUUUUCAGCAAGAUAGUUCUCCUGAUCUGAUUCACUGUGUGGCCACAUAAAUGUGCAAGAGCAGAACAGGAAUUUCUUGGGAUGAGUGAAGCAGUUGCAGAAGCUAGUCAUCCUGCUGGUGUUGAUCUCUUUUGUUUUUCUCUGAAACAACAUCCUGGCAUUGCAGAAAAACAUCAGAAGUGCUGUUGUUUGAUUCUGGCUUGUAGAAACCCACAGUUCGGGGUGGGAAUGCUCAGGCUGUUCUGUACGGACAAAUCUGCUGCUGUUGGUAUUGCAGAGGUCUGCCUUUGUGGCAGACAAGGGGAGCAGCAGAGGAACAGAUUUCUUUUUUUAGUGUCCUAACGUUGACCACUCAUAGGGAUUUUUUAUCAGAGGCCAUGGAGCUUUCAGCCAACGAGCUCAGCAUCUAUGACAAGCUAUCAGAGACAAUUGAUCUGGUGAGACAGACUGGCCACCAGUGUGGGAUGUCAGAAAAAGCCAUCGAGAAAUUCAUCAAGCAGCUCUUGGAAAGAAAUGAACCCCAAAGGGGCCCUCCCCGCUACCCUGUCUUAGCGGCCAUCUACAAGGGCCUGCUCACGCUGGGACUGGUCUUGCUAACUGUGUACUUUGUGAUCCAACCAUACAGCCCACUGCCACCUGAAGCUCCACUCUCCAGAGCCCAUGCCUGGGGCUCCCUCAUCGGUCACAUCCGGCUGCUCUCUCUCCCCAUUGCCAAGAAGUACAUGCUUGAGAAAUGCCAGGACUGGUGGGCAGCAGGUUGCAGACAAAACACUUCUACGCUUCCUGCAAACUGCACAGCAUGUUCUGCUGUGAAAAGCUUUCAGAUUGUGACAGACUUCGGGCAACUAUCAGAAAAACUCCAGAGGUCUCAGCCUUUUCUAAUCAAGACAGGACAAUCUCUCUCCUAUGAAGAACUAAAGCACUUUCAGUCCCAGGAUCCUGAACUGGCAGAUAUUAUAAUAGAAGAAAAUUCAUCUGAAUUGUGGAGCUGCCUCCCGAGACAGAGCUUCCCAUUUUUCCUUCCUUGGAACAGGUCUGUGAACAGAACUCAAAUUCUGCAGGAAUUUUUCCCUACUUCCUCUUUGCUGUCUUUCCCCAAGACAGUCUCCCUAGAGAACUGCUUUCUCAUCCGCCACCCAGAUUUGGGGAAUAAGAGCUACAGUUUGCACAGCCUCUUUGUUGUUGGAAGUGGACAUCUCACCCUGACUGUUGCACCUCUGGACAAGUGCAGAGGACACUGUGAGAUGUUCAAGGUGGAUCUGGAAGCUGGAGAUUUGGGUUAUGCCAGCAUGGAUUACUGGAUGAUGAGCUUCGUGGCCAAAGGGACAGAGCCGGCAGUUGUUUGUUAUGGAGCUGCUAGCUAAGGACUGUGGCAUAGGAAAACAGCUCUUUCCAGGGCAAGAAGACUUUCAGCUUUGAAGCCAAGGCAGCAUCUUGAAAGUGAUAGAGUGGGGCAACUGUGACAGGCAGCUUUGCCACCCUGCAUGUUUACAGUGUUUAAAAAUGAUUGUUGUCCUGACCCUUGAGGUAAUUCUUUGCCUUUUCUCAGAUGUAUUUUGGAGAAGCUCAAGCUAUUUAUGACCUUUCCUGUCCCCCCAGGUAAGCUCUGGGUUGACAGCAAGGAUUUUUUUCAUGAGCAACAGAAGGGUUUCUCAGGAUGAGGUUAAUCUUGUGUCCUUUAUGGAUUUGUGGCACUUCUGAAACUUCGAGGUGGGGGACACUGGGAGUGGAGGGUGUGUGUGACAUUUCGGUAUACAUUCCUCCUGGGGAGGAGGCUUGAAGCCUGACAUGCCAGGCCAUCUCUAUAAAGGGAAUGAAUUGACAUAUCCCACCUCCACCCCAUCUCUCACACGUGUAGCUGUGUGCCUCAGCAGUGUGCCCUGCAUCGUCAGCCUCAGCUCUGUGCUUCUGGGCUCACACAAGCACUACAGCCUCAGUGCAGAGACCCUCACUCACUGCACCAUUCUUGUACCAAAUGAAUCUGUUCAGACCUGUUUGUGAUCACUCUCCUGCAGUUCUCUACCAGCAGGCUGUAGGUGAGUCAAACUGUGACUGUGCUUUCUUCCCCGCUUCCUUUCCUACAACAAAAAUACCAAUGCAGGUUUCUGUGAGGUGCUGAGAGUGCAACAGUAGUUCUGUUUAGAGACAGGGCUGGAUGCAUAGAAGCUCUCUGCAAGAUCAUCUUCUGAUUGUGCACCUGAGACAUUGGGGUUGUGUGAUUGCUUUCAUAUAUCCCUUGCUUUGAGGUACUGCCUGUGUUCCCAGCCCAGGCUACCUGCAGGAGCACCAGAAAUUUUCCAUGUCCAUACCUUUUUUUUUUUCUUUUGGCAUCAAUUUCUUCCAGACCUGAAACUCUGUCUUCAGAAUGAAUGUUGGUUUUUCCUGAGUCUGUUCCAAGCUGCCUUCGCAUGCUUCCUGUUGCUUGAGCAACUGCUUUAUCCAGUGCCCUGAGAGAGGCUUGGUUUCAGUGUUUGCAGGCUGCGGAUGCUGCUGUCCCUUCCAAGUUUGAUCCUUUGGGUCUGUUCCUGCUGCUGAAGAUCAUUUACAGAUGUGUCAGGCUGAACUCAUAGUCCAGGGCUGGGGUUCAGGACAUACUCUCACACUUGUUAAUAUGGAAUUGGGAGGGGUUUUGUUUGAAAGCAAGUUAACUCCGUUCUCAGGAGCAAGAACCUUCUCCUCUGUAAAUAUUUUAGAUAUACUUAAAAUGAUAGAUUGGAAAAAUGUCUACCCAGCCUUUGUUUUUGAACAAGAGCAGGCACAUGGGAGCAAAUGUCUUACUAAUCUUAUUAAGGGCUGACGACAGCUGCCAAGUGGGAUGACCACGUCUGGCUGCUGCACAAGGAUAAGGCAGAGGACGGUUCCUGCUCCAAAGAAUUCAGCCUGAGAGAAUUUAGGCUGCAUCACAAACAUUUCUGUGCAUAACCCUUGUUUUUCCUCCUGUAAGCUAAUGAGAACAACCCCAGCACUUGUGUUAGUCUGUGUGUUUGGCCCUUCACACUGGACCAAUGUGCUCCAGGUCCAGUAGAACCGAAGGAGGCUGACUCUGAACAGAGAAAGACUGAUUUAAUUUGUAGUAAAAUAUUAAAGGGAAUUGGAUUAAUCAGACUUCUGUUAAUAUUGUUAAUGCUUGGGGUGUGUUUUACCCUUGUGACACGACAUGCGAUCUUGUACAUGCCAGCACACACACACACACACACACACACCACCCCUCUCCCUCUUCUUAAAGCCUGGAUCUUAGUUAAUGGAAAUUCAGGAGUUCAGUCAUGCUGGAAUUAGGGUCCAUGUAGUGACUGUUGCUAUUUACACUUUGGCAGCUUCUCAAGUCAAAUUCAAAGGCUAACAAGGUUACCUCACCUCUCUCUGUUUUUGUACCUGGUCCAUUUCUGUAACACAUUGGUUAGAGGUGCACGUGGAAAGGACCUGCUGGGCCCAUCACUGCUGAGAUUGCUGUUACUUCUAAGCACCCUUGAAUGAAACUUGUAGAAGAGCUGUGGAGACAAUGAGCUCUGUGAGAUGCCUGCAUUUGGAGUGUCACACUUAAGCCAUUGUGGCUGUCUGGAUCCUUUGGGAAAUAGCAGAGAAAAUGGAUCUAUUUAUGUUGCUGUUUACAUUGGGAGAAGGGGGGACUCUAGGGUAAGUUUGUGCCUACUUAGCAAAAGUGCUCUCACGUGUUGCUUCCCCACUGCUCAGUGUUACAGCUGGUUGGCCAGGAGAUGGUGAAUCUGGACUUGUUGGCAGAUUAGCUUUCCAAGUGCAUUUUAUGGUCUCUGCAUAAGUUUCCAGAUCCGCGUCUAGGUGAUACAUUGCAUAUGUCCCAACCUUACUCCCUUUGGAGUUUACAUCAUUUGUUUUUAAACUUCCAGUAUAUUUUCUCUUCCUUUUCCAAGAGCUGUAAGGAAUUAGCUGCUAAGCAGAAACAGGAGGGCAAUUCUCCUGCUGAUAAAGAGCUGAUUUUGGCCACAGCUGCUGCUGAGUGCAGAGCCUCAAUCUGUAGUGCAGCUUCUCGAGUAGCUGCUGUUGUCAGCUGCCAGAGGAGCAGUGCUAACACCUUCCACAUUGCAGCACAGGCGGGGAGCCCGGUACCGACAGCUCGGAGGUGAGGCCACGGUGGCAAAACUCACAUGGCCAAAAAGAGGUCUGGGCACCUUGGCCUUGUGGCUGCAGCUGAGCCCUGGCCAUCUUCCACGUCUGGGGCUCUGGCUUCACAGAACCUCACCCAUAGAGCAGGCAGCUCCUAGCAAGCUGCUGAGCCUAGUGCAAAAUUGAGGGGAAUGUGGCUGUUUUCUCAACUAUCAAGAGAUUGCAACAACAAACGUGAUUGGAUGAGUCACAGUGUGUCUGUCAUGGUCUCUCUUGCCUCUAGCUUUGUUUUGGCACUUGUGCACCCUGCUUUGGGUAACACCCCACUUCCCAUCCUGGCCAGCCCAGCGGGGCGCUCAGUAAAUGUGUGCAUCCUUAUUCUUAACAUUUCCAUGCUCUGAGCUCUUUGCCUAUGAGCUGGGAGAGAGAGACUUCUAUUCACCUGACUUCCCACAGGUUGCAAAGCUUCUCUGAGGUCACACCAGUGGGACACUGAGAACCUAAUGGGCAGAGGUGUGGACGAGUCAUUUCUCUGCUCCUUGAGCUGGAGAGAUGGGAUGCUGCCUGUGAGCUGGACCUCAGGAUGGUUGUGCUUUAAGGCUGGUUUCCAAAAGCAAGGUCAUUGACCAUUGCUUUCAGUCCUGAACUCAGGGUGAUUGAAAGGAGGAGCGAGGAGUGUUGUUUCCUUCGGUACCAGGAAAUCAGCAUCACCUGUAGGGGCCAAGCUGACAGCUUCUAUUGAUUGCUUUCUGUCUGUCUCCGCUGAUCCCAGCAUCCAGCUGCCUUUGUAGUGCCCUGGAGAACUUUCUAGGCUCAGGUUUCCUGGGCCUUUGGCUUCUCCUGCUGUAAGGAUCUGGCAGGGAAGCUGGUUUUACUGCAAGGAGCAGGGCUGGCUCAAAGCACCUCCCUUCUCUCCCUGGUUUUGUAGCAGCAAGCCCAGCUCACGGCGUGGGAACUCCUCGAGUGAGAAGAGGUGUCCUCUUUGCAAAUUCUGUUUGUAGAGCCGUGUGUUUUCCUCUUCAGGAAACUAAUUGUCAUAAAGCAUAGGUUUCAUGUCCUGCUGAGUUAAAUAAGGGAGAUGCUGGUCUUCCCCUUUGCUUUGGAGAUUCAAACCAAUGGCAGUUGCUUUAUUUUUUGUGCUGUUGCUUUGUCUGCAGGGAGAGGGAGGCAAUUUAAAGGCUCAGGGGUGCGGGGAAGUAAAGCUAUAUAUACAUAAAGACUGUUGUAAUGCUGAACACUAUAAAUUCAGUGGUGGAUUAAAAAAAGAAUGUAAAUAUGCAAUUAAUGCAGAAUUUUAUGGAUGGUCAUAAUUUAAUAUAUUGAGAACUUUGUAAAUACUUGGGAAAAAAAGUCUGUAAAGUGUGUAAAUAAAUGAGAUUUGUAUGUAGAGAAGAAUAAAAAGAAAAGUUUUUACUUUUUGCAAUGAAA